CAUUCUGAUUCUCAUGCUAUGUCCAAGUCUUGACUGAAGUUUUUUGCAUUUUCUUGAUCGCCAGACUGCAAAGCGUUUUGGAAAGUUUGUAGAGUGCCAGGAAACAUGACAGUUCAUUGAAUAUUCAUUGCGAAAGGAAAGUACGUGUUUACACACUGCGCCCACGGUAUGGCUAUAAGAUGAAACUGCUGAAAACAUGGCGGUCGCUAAAUUUCGAUUUCAGUGCGCGGAUUACAACGUUUUUGAAAAUCAUUUAGUGACAAUGAUACCUUUAUUUUUUUCUCAAUUAUUUUAUAUUAAGAAAAAAAACUUUGACAAGACUAGAGGUAAGUUUCUUGUCAAAAUCAAACGUGAAAUUUGUCGACUUAAUUCCUUGAGCUGUGGUUCAAAACAUUGCCACGACGCUAAAAGUUAGUCGCCACUAGACGACUGGCUUUGAAAUUCUGGUCACCAAUGCUAAAUUUUCAGUCGCAUUGGCGACCAGCUGGUCGCAAUUUUGGACCCUGUGUAUCAGACCAUUGAGCCUAAACAUUUUUCUAAUUUUGUUGUUUUUUAAUGUAUUGAAUAUAUGUUGACUGAAAUCGUGCUUUGUAAAUGUUAGAUUCCAGCUCCUCGCGCCCCAGAAAGAACAAGGCACUCCUCAAAAUACAAGUCUCGUAGCUCAGAGGAAAGAGAUGACGAGGAAGGACAUGAAGCUGUCUCUGAAGAUGAAUUUCAACAUAAAUCUAUUUCUUCAGAAGACCAAACUAGUCCAACAAGGAUUGGUAUGAACCCUGCUGACUACUUAGAUGUGGAUAGUCCAGCCCAGCGUGGGAAGAAGUCCAAAAAGCGAAGGAAAGUAGAACGAAAUACUAAGCUGUCCAGGAGUUUAGACUCUCUCAAAGAGUUACAUGUCAAUGUGGAACCAAAGCCAAGAGAUAGAGAGUCAUCCUCUUUAAAAUCCAAACCGUUUAAAUGGUUGUAUGGCAGCAAGAAGAAGAACCACAAUAACAAAAUUAAGAAGCUACCGCUUGAGAAGAAGCCGUCAAAUCCAAGCACUAAGCAAGAUUAUGACAUGUUGGCAUCAGCUAUUCAGAUGAGUGAGGAAGAUCGCAUGGCACUGAUGAUCAUGGUCAAACAAGGGGAACUUACAGUUGAGGAAGCUGUUGAACAGUUAAAGCGAUAUGAAGAGGAUUGCAAAAAAGAUGAUUUUCUAAAACCCAAGGGUGACUUUUCCAGUCAUGAUGACGACAAAGCUGGAAAUAAACCAAAAUUAAAGCGUGGCCUUUUUGGAAAGAGCUCCAAGAGAAAGCCCAACAGUCGACCAUCAUCGGAGUUUAUUGCAUGUGAAAUGACAACUAUGAGUGAAGAAGAUAGAAUUAAUUUGAUGAGAAAUGUUAAGGCUGGAGAAAUGAGUGUUGAUCAAGCUCUCAAACGAUUUAUCAGCUAUGAAGAAAAGCACAAGAAAUCUGAUUCAGAUGAUGUGCCUGUAAGGGAAUCACCCAAGUUGCCAAAGGGUACUGGAUUUUCACGCAUUAGUAUCAAGAGAGUGUCGGGUGCCAUUUCUUCAUCCUUUAGACUCCCUAGUGUCACUAAUGAUCAACCGAAUUCUGUGUUUUACACUGAAGAUGGUGCAAGUGCUGAUGGCAGUGUGAGCUCAGGAGAUGAGGUCCUGGGAACUAAUGACUCAUCCCCAGCCCCCUCUCCUAAGAGACUCCUGGCAAACAUUCAAGACUUAAACAAGUCGCAGCACAGCUCUACCAGCAGUGUGGACAGCAUGGAGAAAGUGGAUGAGAAACCGACAUUAAGCAGUGUCCCUCCACACAGACAGCCCAAUUUUAUGUCUGAAAUGAAAGUGGUGCUAGGAAAACAGGCUCAGCCUGUUGGUAACAAGUGCAGAGAGGGAGAAGAAGAUGUAUCGCAACUGAACCAAAGAUUGUUUAACAACACAUCCAACAAACAACAUGGGAAAUCUCGUCCACCUCCUCCUGACAGAAAAACUUCAGUUCCUUUAAUGGAGACACAGAAGGUCGUCGUUCCCCCUAAUCCUUCAGGCUCCCUCAAGAGGGUCCCUCCUGAUGUUCCAUCUAGACAUGGGUCCACAGUGGUGGCCCCUCAUAGACGGCCGCCUCCUAUACCCAGUCGACCAAGUCCUAAGGAUGCUGGCGAGCAGAGAAAGCCUCAGUCGUUAUCAGAUGAAACUGAAGCGACAAAACCUGAUUCUGCAAAGUUUAAAGCUGACGAAAGUCGAAAUGCGGUAGCACAAACGUCGGGGAGUUAUUCAGAUGAGGCGCACCUUGAGCCUGCUGAAAUGCAGGCUGCAGUGAUGAGAAGGCCAAGAAAUAAACCGCCACCUUUACCUCCUCGCCCAACGAGUACGUCAAGCUUUAAUGAAGAGCCUGACAUCAGCGAGGCACGCAGUGUAGAGACUCAGACAAGUCCUCGGUCUCCCACGUCGACACAACUGAACAAGAGCUCUGAAACAGCAGCUUCUACUGAAGAGGUGUACAAAAAGCCUCCAAAACCUGAACCGAUCGAUAAACCACAGCUUAAACCCAAACCCAAGCCAAGACCACGCCCUAAAAGGACUCUAACCCCGGAUAAACUGGAUGAACCAUACACAGAGGUACCCCCGCCCCGGCCUGUUUUGCGGGGAUCUGCAGGGGAUACACGUACUCACGGUGAAACUAGCAGGAACGAGUCGGAAACAAACGUAAACAGAGAAGAGAACAAACCCUCACAUGUGAAAAGAACUGAACCGAGAGCUUCCCAGAAUGGGAGGCAAGAAGACUCGAACCUCAAGCCGUCCCCAGUCCCUGCGCCGCGAAUGAAGCGAGCCUCGCACUCGUUAGGGGAAAUGAUUGAGCGAAAACUUCAUAUAGAGAACAUCGAUUUGACUCAGGAGCCUUACACGGAUAGGGAUGGUUGCUGGGGUGUACCGGUCAAUCUAGUGGAUCGAUACGCUGAAGAACUUCACCGACCACACGAAGAACUCGCUGCUAUUUUGGAGAGAAUAAGAGUUAGGAAGCUAAAGGAGUCUGAGAAACAAUUUGUUCAGUGUAACGUGUCAGAAUUAGAUUUUACAAGGGAUACGCUAGGGAACCUGGGAACUCUGGACGAGUGGCUGACGUCACUAGGGCUACCAAUGUACGCGAAGAGUUUAACUGAGGUGGAAUGUGACAGCAUGGCGGAAAUGCCUUAUAUGGAAGAAAGGCACUUUCAAUAUGCCGGGAUAUCGGACCCGAGGCACAUGAGGCGCCUUCUGGCGUCAGUUGAGGAGAUGCCCAGGUGACAGGCAAUAGAAGGGCAUCUUGGAAUUCGCACUACACGGAUGUUGUGUUCGUUGGGGCUUGAGGUGCCUUUGGGGGGCCUUUGGUAAAAGGCACCGUUUGAUUAACAGUUGUUAUGGGUGUUAGAAAAACACCGCAAGCCGAGUUAAGAACUUGAAUAACACCGGAGAUCACUACUGCAGUUGAAAAUAUUCAAUAAACAAAUUCUAGUAUUGAGAGUGUUUUACAAGAACAUUGCAAUUAAGAAAUGUCGGAAAAUAAUACAAUCUAUGUAAUUGCAUUUAAUUUAAUUUGUAAAUAGGCAAUUUUGAAUGGGAGCGGAAGCAGGCGUCGCUUGUCAGGUAGUGAAGCAAUGUGAACAGAACCUUUGAAAUAGUGAAUGAGCGAACAAUCGGGAAGUUUAAUUGAAUCGUUGUUAAGUUGGUGCUCCUAUGGAUAUUGGCCGAAAAAUAAACAGUCUGUUACUCGUAAAAUUCGACCCCAGUGCUAUGCUAUGACUCGUCUUGGACAGGAAGAAAUUAAGGGCUCUGGGGUCUAAAAUGCUACAGAUUCUUCUGCAUUUUCUCAGCUGUAGAGUAUUGGGAGUAAAAUUAUUUCAUUUACGUCGUGUUACAUCAACGAGAGUUACCUUUUAUGAGACGUGAAAGUUGCGUAUCAUGUAAAAAUUAUAGUGUAGUGGUCUCACCUUUAUUUUUCCCGUGAUAGGCAAUUAAAAGAGAUUUAUUCACCCCACCAGGGAAUAAAUGGUUUUAUGCAUCUGGUUAGUGCCAGUCUCCCAGCAAAGGGUUGGGGGGACAUCCGGGUCCUUGGAAAUCCUAUAUAUAAGCAGACGAAGCCAGGCUAAAGGAGUUACAAAUAGAUGCAAUAACAUAGAGCAUAAAUAAUCAGUGUUUAAUAAGCAGAAACGGAAAAUUUAAGAGUAAUAGAAUGUAUUACUCCAGAAUAUAUUUCACGGUGAAGUAAAAUCACUCUAACAUAAGCGCUA